UUUUGUUUUUGAUCUUUUUCUUUCUCCCCUUCCCCAGAAGAAAAUGAAAAGUCAGGGAAGUUAUGUACCACCAGUCUACAUUCCAUUGAGUCGGUCAGAUACAGAAGCAGAGAUUUUUCCGCAGAAUGAUGAACUUCCUCCUCGUCAUACAAGCGAGAAUCCUGCACAGUGGUCUUCUGGGAUCUGUGCUUGCUGUGAUGAUAUGCAGAGCUGUUGUAUUGGUCUUUUUUGUCCUUGCUUCCUGUUUGGAAAGAAUGCAGAGUUUUUGGGUUCUGGGACUUUGAUCGGAUCAUGCAUGACCCAUUUCAUUUUGUGCGGUGUUGUCAAUGCUCUCUGUUGCCUGUUGACUGAAGGCAUUUUCUUAGGGUUACCAGGAUGUGUAGUCGCAUGCUAUGCUUGUGGAUACCGCAGAGCUCUACGGUCAAAGUAUAAUCUGCAGGUGCAAAAUUGUUCUCAACCCACCCCCCCUCCCAAAUGAAAAGUGAAAAAAAAU